GAAAAAUAAGUGGAAAUGAAAGAAAUCAAUCGACUUGAUUGAAGUGUUUUACAGACUUGAACGAUCUAGAAAAAAAAGAAUUAAAACGUUAAAAUAAUUGAAAAAAAGGUGUGAAGAAAAUAAAAAAAAAUAGAAAGGGUGAAAAAUAAUACUAAAAGUGAAUGAACGUACGAGCGAGGUAGAAUAGAUGAAAGUUUAAUGAGGUAACGGACAACACUGGACUCACAGCCAUGCCUUCUGUGAGCCAGGAAUGUACGUGAUAUAUCCAGCAGAAGAAAUAAUAAGUUUAACCUACGGUGUCGCAGCAGCAGUACAAAGGCCAACGAUACAACGACCCACUCUGGACAAUCUGCGAGAACCACUUGUCCCCUUUGGCACCUACCCACCGAAUCCCGCCGCCGCUUCCUCUGUCGUCCCCUCGUCGUCGUCGCCUUUACACAAAAGUGCCAAUAACGCAAAUCACAGACAAUCCAAUAACGCCCUGAAUAACAAUAAUAACAUUAGUAACUCGAAUGUGUUUCUCUCCAAUGACAAUAAUAAUUUUGACACAAGUGAAUUUGACGAAACCAUAACGCUGAAUAACUUUAACGGUAAUCGUGUCAACUACUAUACUCCACCCUCAAGUCCUUCCCUGGAUCCCGCGCGUCCCGCAACGGCAGACAAGCCGCUACCGCUACCAGCAACAAAGCAAGCCAAGCCCAAAUCGAAGCUCCAGCUGAAAUUCGCCAAACUCGGUCGUCCACAUUCCAAUCCAGAGCCCGCAGAAUCCACCCGCGUACUUGAGUACCACGACAUUCGUGUCUCGAAUCCGACAUUCACGCGUGACAACCUGCGCCAGCGUAACUUUGAUGCGUUUUUCGAGGCAGGCGAGUCCGUUUACUCCAUCGAGACAAAAGAAAAGACAAGUUCCCCAUCGACAGAUCCCUCGCCACUUGACGAAUCGUAUCCACCGUUAGCGUCGAAGCCGCCGCAACAAAAGUCCAAACUUAAUUUCCUCAAGCGCAACAAAACUCCGACGCCAAAGUCCGUGUCGACGCCCACAACGCCAGCCAGUAGACGCGGUAGUCGCAGCAGCGAUAUCCUGUUGAUCGUAGAAGAGCCACAGAAAGAACCAACAAAAACUCGCCGCCUUAGUAUCUUCGGAUCGCGUAACCAGGCGGAUCCACCAACGUCUAAAAGGAUGGCCACAUCAUCCGGAGGUGGCGGAAUUUUACGAGAAUUGGGACAUCCAGGUCUCAAUGAAACCCUCAAAGUACAUAAUAGUGUAACGUUCAAACUGGUAAAGACAGUGUCUGAUUUCACGGAUAAUCUCGCACAGGUCUACGAACAACAUGCCGAAGCUUUACAAUUGCUCGUGUCAUCGUAUCGCAAGAAAAAUGGCGAGUUGAGGAAGGAAAGACCUGCCUGUCAAUCGAGUCUAUUCUACGCUUGGGAAAUUUUCCUGCAGGAAAUUGAAGCAGAUUCGGCUGCGAGCAGUGAUGUUGCGAGCGCACUAUCAAGACAGGUUUCACGAUCCCUUCUAGAGAGAUCAUUUCAUCGGAAAAUUCAGAGCCGCAAAGUUUUUACACAUCGUGAGUCCUUUGACACAAUUAUCGCAAAGACUGAAGAAAAACUAUCAAAGUGCCGAAUCGAUUACAAACAAUGCUAUGCAGCUCAUCGACAAAAUCCCACACAACAUUCAUUACAACAAUAUAUUGACGCGCAUAAUGCCUAUGUGCAACAACUGCAUGCGACAAAUGCCAUGCUGGAGGCUUAUCAUUGUGACACAGUGCCGCAAUUGUUGCAGGAGCUCGAAGAAAUUUACGAUGAUUUGUGUAACAUCAUGUCGGAGGCGGUGCUGCAGGGCGCUGAAGCGAUAUCGGCCAAGGCAUCUGAUCAAGCAAAACGCUACGAUGGACUUGCGGGUCAGUGCAAAAACAUCAACGGGUUUCAAGAUUUGCAGAGUUUUGCACGCAGCAUCCAACUCCCACCCAAUGCUCAACGUGUGCCAAAGAAGGCUUUUGCCCCGCCGCAGCCGAUUGCUGGCGAGACAGACGAAAAUAACGAGUAUGGGGUGAGUUUUAAAUUUUUUUUUCUCGUUGAAAUUUAUCUUUUAUUGACAUUAAUUCGUGUGUAGGACGGUAACAUGCCAAUAUUUAAAAAUGAAUUGGUAAUUGAACGUGGAGGUACACUUGUGUUGCGCCCAUCUCUUGAUCAGCUAAAACGUGAAGCCGCUGAAUUGGAAACGCAAAUACGUCAAUUGCAGGAUUCUGUUGAAGUUUUGGUUCGCACGCAAAUGCGAGGUCUCGAAGGGCAGUUGUACAACAAGGCCAACGAGUUGCAGGAAGACAUCUCGAUGAAAAAGUUCGAUUUGCGAGCGAAGGAAAUUCAUUUGGCUGCCGUUCAAGCACAAAAAGAACUCUUUAUAAAGAAAGCUGAGCCAGGAUCGCCGAUCGGUGGAGUGGGAGAACGCAAACUCUCGACAUCAAGUUCGUCAUCAAUGAAGACCAAAUGGAUGAAAGCAUUCAGGAGCCUGAAACCGGCUUCGAGUUCAUCGGGUGCUCCAGAAAAAGGAAGCAAUCAAAUGUAUUUCGCUGUGUCAACUGUGUUAUCAAUGAGGAAAAAUGGGGCAGCUGGCGGAAAUUCGCAAAUGUCACGUAUGGGUGAUAUUACAACAGACAAUCAUAAUUUGCAAGAAUACACUUAUAAAAAAAUCACGCCAUGCGAUGUCUGCUCACAAGUACUCAGAGGACAUCAACGACAAGGACUCCGUUGCCGCAUGUGCAAGACAAACGUGCACGUGGAAUGUGUCCCGCAACUUGGCAAAUGCUCGGUCAAAGCGAAAUUAUUGCGUCGUCAAAAGAGCACGUCAGAAAUUGAUAAUCGCGUUGAAGUCGAUGAAGAGAAACCAACGGAGCAAACAGUUGACCAAACGUACCAAGUACUGAAACAAGCUGGCGAAAUAUCGGGUAAAGGUGAAACCAUGAUGAAAACCGCAACCAUGACAAACAUCAAUGAUGCGAGUAACGGUGCUCCGUCGUCGAAUCACAUGAAGGACAUACCGGUUGUCAAUGUGCCGGAUUAUCCGGAUCGCGUGGUAGCGCCACGCCGGGGACCACUUAAGCCAAGUAGCCAGGGGCCAAAUUUACAGCCGAUUAAACAGGGACUUGCUGCACCGGCGCAAGAUGUGUCCAGUUCAGCACCGCACUCACCUCGUCGCCAAAAGCUGAAUUUACGCAUGAAGAGUUUGAGUUUGGACUCUCCCGAGUCGACCGAAUUACAUGGGCAGAUGCGAUCGCGACGGUAUCCAGGGGGUCCUGGACCGUCUGCUUACUAUGGUGGAUCAGGUGGUGGCAUUGAUCACAGCACGCCCCCAUCGAAUAACAGCCGAAACAACAGUCGAUUGCAUUCACCUUCAAGUCCUUCGCAGCAACAACGGAAACUUCUGUAUGCGAAUCGAGGACUGAAAUCCGGGUCUGUCGACUUGCCGGAUGAGGUUGACAAGAGUUUGUCAUCUGCCAGUACAUCGCCGUGUCCUUCGCCGGUACGCCAGGGUGGGAAAUCGCACCGUCUGCUGCCAACGAAUUUGUAUGUGGUGUUGUACAAUUUUAAAGCGCGGCACCAGGACGAGUUAGAUCUGAAAGCGGGUUACAAGGUUACUGUCAUAGACACGUCCGAUCCAGAUUGGUGGAAAGGCAAAUGCUUGGGACGCAUCGGAUAUUUUCCAUCGAAAUACGUUUUGAAAUUGGCUGCAGGUGAAAAGGUGUUACAAGUCGUGUGUAACAUCCAAAUUGCCGACACGGAGCGCGGCGACACUAUUGCAUUACUGCGCGACCAGAUUGUCAUUCAGACUGGCGAGGAAAUAAAUGGCAUGAUGAAGAUCCGCAGUGCAGACAAACGUCAAGGCAUCUGUCCGGCAAAGUGUCUGCAGGAGGUCUGACGACCCCAAUGCAAGGACACGUACAAGCGAGACCGCGACAAAAACGGCAACAUGCUAAGUCGCAGCAAAUCGUCUAUUCUACGUAAUAAAAAUCAGUAUCAGCACAGUGGUAGUUUUAGGGAAACCAAUAAUAAUAAUAAUAAUUGUACUAGCUUAAGUAACUACAGCAACACAAU